UCUCAACCCCAUUUCCAAAUAAUUUUACCUCUACCCUUUUUUUCUCUCUCAUCAUCAUAUCAUCCUUCUGUUCUUCCUCCUAAGCUGUCCAAGUCUGCCCACCCACCCACCAUUGUCAUUCAACCAAUCUCCUCUUCAUCUCUUUCAAUAACAUUCAUGGCAUCUUUCUUUCUUCUUGUUCUUCUUUUAGCCAUGGCUGCUCCUUCAAGUGCUGGAACAUGGUGUAUAUGCAAAGAAGGUAUGGGAGAUUCAUCUUUGCAAAAGACAUUGGAUUAUGCUUGUGGAGCUGGAGCAGAUUGCACCCCUAUUCACUCAUCAGGGGCUUGUUAUAACCCUAAUACAGUAAAGGGUCAUUGUAAUUAUGCAGUUAAUAACUUUUUUCAAAGGAAAGCUCAAGCUACUGGUACUUGUGAUUUUGCUGGAACUGCCACCAUUGUUACUUCUGAUCCCAGCACACAAGGAUGCACUUACCCUUCAAGUGUUAGCGCGGCUAAUACAGUAAUGCCAACGAGCACAAAUGGCAAGAGCCCUUACACAAAUGGAGUUAUGGGGCCUGGAAUUGGCACAAACUCUGACUUUAAUAACGAUAUUAGUGGAGGAACAAUGCUACAAUCGACUUCUAAACAGAUGCUGGUUUCUUCUUUCUUGAUCGGUUGGGGGAUGAUAAUGUUAUUGUGGGGUUGAAAUGAUUUAGAUUUCUUCUUUCUUUAUCGUUUCGGGGUGGUAAUGUUUUUGUGGGGUUGAAAUGAUUUAGACGCAUAUAUCUAGUGUUAUUGUAAUGUAAUGUUUACAAGUAAGAGUUGACUUAACUAUCUACUUUAAUCUUUGUCUCUUUACCUAUGUGAAUUUGUAGCAUUAUUUUAUCAGUAUUAUUAUUGAAGGAACCACUUCAUUUUAUCA